AUGAGUUUAUCUGUUAGAUAUGUAGAUACAACAACAUGUACAAUUAAAGAAAAUUUUAUUUGUUUUGUACCUGUAUUUGAAUGUACUGGCGAAAACUUGGCUAAUAUAAUUAUUCAAAAACUGAAGGAAUUAGGUUUAAGUUUAGAAUUUUUACGUGGCCAAGGAUACGAUGGAGGUGCUAAUAUGUCAGGGAAAUAUAAAGGUGUACAAGCUAGAAUUCUUAAUUUACAACCAAAAGCGUCUUAUACACAUUGUGCAUCACAUCGGUUAAAUUUAACAUUAUUAAAAGCUUGCAAUGUACUACCCAUAAAAAAAUUAUUUUCGACCAUUAAAGAAGUAUGCAAUUUUGUACGUGAUUCCCCGAAAAGAGUUGAUUUGUUUAAAAAAGUAAUCGCUGAACAUUUACCGACAUCAAAAUCUGUUAUUUUAAUAAAACUAUGCGAAACGCGAUGGGUUGAAUCUCAUGAAGCGAUUCUUAGAUUUUCGGAUAUGCUUUUGCCUAUUGUAAUAUUUUUGGAAGAUAUAAUAGGUAAUGCAGAUGGAAAUAUACUUUCAAAAUGCAACGGACUUCUUCAAUCAGUAUUAAAUUUUGAAUUUAUUUUGUCUUUGGAAGUAGCGGUCGAAAUACUAUCAAUAACUUUGCCAAUAUCACGUCAGCUACAAAAUCCAGAUUUAGAUUUAACAAAGUGUAUUGAAAUGAUAAAUAUUGUGUUGGUUGCUUUUAAAAAUAACAGAGAAGAUACAAAAUUCACUGCUAUUUUUAAUCGAGCUGUGUCUAAAGCAGGUGUGUUAAAUAUUGAUGUUAAAAUUCCACGGAUAUGUAAAAGACAAGCUCACCGAUAA